UUCCUGGAGGCGUAAAAGUGGGCGGGGCGGGGGAGCUGGGCGGAAGAGGUCUUUCCUAUUUUGCAUCUGAGUUCAGGGGCGCCUGUAGGGAUUGCCCAACAUUACGCCUUUUGUCCUAGUGUGAUUAUUUAAGAAGUUCUCUAAGGUCAAAGGAGUUCCUGAUGGGGAUAAAUUACAUCCUCUCCCUCGUUCUGGUCGGUUGGGUUUGGGAUAGGGAGGAGGAGGAAGGAGGUGAGCAGAGGAGGGGCGUUCUCCUAAGUGGGUCUCCUGCUCGACUUCCGGGUGGCGGCCUGAAGAAACUUUCUUGGAAUUUACAGACUCUCCGGAGCACCUGUUAUUGAAUCUUUGCUGUUUUAACAACAGCUGUGGGCAGAGCCUCCUUGCCUGACCACUUGAAUUUCUCACAAGCUUCCUAUCUUAAUCUAUUUCUUGACUAAAAAAAUAUCUGUAUUCAGUGAAGUGGUUAAGUAAGUAUGGGGUAGCGUCACUUACUCUUUCAUUCACUUGAACACUGGAAGAGCGCUCUAUGCUUUAGUUUUUAAGCUGCUUGGAGUGAGUAUUCUGGAGGGGAGGGUGUUGUUGAAUUAAGCAAUUAAAGCAUAUAAUAUAUUAGUGCUAAGUGCUUUAGGGAAAGGAAAUCUUUAAGACAGUAUUAAAUAGAUUUAUCAGGUCAAUGAGACUUAACUUUUGAGCAGCGACUUGGAGGUGAGGGAAAUAGCCGUACUGAGUGUAAGUGUUCCAGGCGAAGGGAAAACCCAAUGCUAGGCUUAAGGCAGAAAUGUAUCAGACUCUUCUUGAAGAGUAAGCAGGGGAAGUAGGAGUUUAGGGGCUGGAGAUGAGUAGGAUUGCUUGAUCGCUUCCACAACCGGAUUACUUGGGAGGGAUCUGUUCUCCUCGAGAAUUUUUCUUUUAAAUAUGCAGGAAACAUGAGCAUGUUUGAGUUAAAAGAGGGAAAUGAAUUAAUUCUUUUUCUUUUGGAAAUAGAGGCUCGUUUUUGAACUUCUGUCAAUAAACUGUAAGAAAGUAACAGUACAUCCUGAAACCAUCAAGAAGAAAAAUGUCGGUGACUUUGCAUACCGAUGUCGGUGAUAUUAAAAUAGAAGUCUUCUGUGAGAGGACACCCAAAACCUGUGAAAAUUUCUUGGCUCUUUGUGCCAGUAAUUACUACAAUGGCUGUAUAUUUCACAGAAAUAUCAAGGGCUUCAUGGUUCAAACAGGAGAUCCAACAGGUACUGGAAGAGGAGGUAACAGUAUCUGGGGCAAGAAAUUUGAGGAUGAAUACAGUGAAUAUCUUAAGCACAAUGUUAGAGGUGUUGUAUCUAUGGCCAAUAAUGGUCCAAACACCAAUGGAUCUCAGUUCUUCAUCACCUAUGGCAAGCAGCCACAUCUGGACAUGAAAUACACGGUAUUUGGAAAGGUAAUAGAUGGUCUGGAGACUCUAGAUGAACUGGAGAAGUUACCAGUAAAUGAGAAGACAUAUCGACCUCUUAAUGAUGUACACAUUAAGGACAUAACUAUUCAUGCCAACCCAUUUGCUCAGUAGCUAUAAUAGACCCGGACAAAUACUUGGCAAACUAUGCAAGAACAGACCUAUUAUGGUUUGCCCAAUUUUAAUUAUGUCAGAGGUUUCAUCAUCCUCUGCUUGUUUACAACUAAGAUCUUAUGUGAGCUGGUGGUACCAAGGGGAGCCAAACAGCUUUUACUCCUAUUCUCAUAACAUAUUCUUUACUAUACCAGUUAUCCAAUGUAUUUCCUGAAGCUUAAUUAAAAAAAAAAAAAACCUAUGUUUAA